UAUCAUAAACCAAGCUUAAUAUUUAAGCUCGCUGAAGUUGACAGUAUGGUAUGCACCGUAGUAAAAAAGGAGCUUAAGCGCCGUUAAUAUUAAACCUUCAUUUUUGGAGGCUUUAGCGUGUUAAGCUGAGCUUUGUUACAAACUAACCUCACUUUUUAAAUUAUAAAAUAUAAUCUGCUCUUGUAGAAGUCGAUUGCGAUGGAAGUUGAAGAUGAGAUUAUACUAGACGAUGAUCAUGAUUUUCUGGAAAUAAUUGAGUUUGGAUUUCCUCGAAAAUUUUACCAAAGACCAAAUUUCUUUGAAGAAAUGGAUGACCUUAAUUUCCUGAAGCGAUUUCGAUUAACUAAACAGGCCACAAUGUCAGUUUUAGAACUAAUAGAAAAUCAGCUGGAGUUUGAGAAUGAUUUGAAUAACAGUGUAUCACCAAUCAAUCAGCUGCUAACCACGCUUUUAUUCUAUGCAAGUAGCAGUCAUCAAAUAAACGUUGGUGAUUACAUGUGUAUGAACCAAAGCACCGUUUCUCGUAUUGUGAAAAAAGUAUCACAACAAAUUGCUGCUCUGCGAAAUCAAUUCAUACAAAUGCCUACGACUCCUGAGGGAAUAAUUUCUACCCAAAACAAGUUUUAUAGAGUAGCACGUUUCCCUCGGGUAAUAGGAUGCCUAGACGGAACACACGUUAAAAUUCGAUCUCCAGGAGGGGAGGAUAGUGAAGUCUACAGAAACCGCAAGUCAUAUUUUUCAAUAAAUGUGCAACUUGUGUGUGAUAGUGACUUAAAAAUUAGUAACAUUGUGGCCAGAUGGCCCGGUUCGGCACAUGAUGCUACUAUUUUUAACAAUAGUCGCUUAAAGACACUAUUUGAAGCUGGACACUUUAGAUCUGCUAUUAUGCUUGGCGAUAGUGGAUAUGGCUUAAAGCAAUAUUUACUAACACCACUUUUAAAUCCAAUAACUCGACCACAACAAUUAUAUAACGAAUCCCAUAUUCGUACCCGCAAUUGCAUAGAAAGGACAAAUGGUGUGUGGAAAAGAAGAUUCCCAGUGUUGUGUUAUGGGCUUCGAUGUGAGAUGGAAACUGGCUUAACAAUAAUUGUGGCUACAGCAGUUUUGCAUAAUAUUGCAAUUAAUAUGCGUGACGAUGUUCCACCACCUCCAAAUGACAUCAAUGCAGAAGAAUUGGAUUAUUUAAUUGCACAAGGACAGAUUCCUGUUAUAAAUGUAAAUGAAAAUAUUAAUUAUGAUUUUAGGACAGACCUGAUAAAUAAUCAUUUUGCAAACUUAUAA